AUGCAUUUCUCAACCCUCCUCACCACCGCCGUCCUGGCCUCGACCUCCCUCGCCGCCGACUUCGCCGUCAAAGUCUCUAACAAGAACGGCGACCUCGCCUUCACGCCCAACAACACCAAAGCCGCCCAGGGCGACACCGUCACCUUCCACUUCUACCCGGAGGCGCACUCGGUCGCCCAGGGCACCUUCGCCAAGCCCUGCGCGCCCAAGGCCGGCGGCUUCUGGUCCGGCUUCGUGCCCGUCGCCAGCGGCGUCAGCCCCACGACCUUCGUCGUCACCGUCAACGACACCAAGCCCAUCUGGUUCUACUGCUCCAAGGCGAGCCAUUGCCAGAGCGGCAUGGCGGGCGCGAUUAACGGGCCUGAUACCGGCAACACGACCGCGGCGUAUAUCGCCGCGUCCGAGAAGGCGUCCGAGAACGUCAGCCCGCAGAACGUCGAGACGGGCUUCGGCGGCAUGCUGACGAAUAGCUCCUCUGUGUCUCCGUCUGCGUCGUCGGGCUCGCCGACGCAGUCCGCGUCGGGCUCGGCGACGGGUACGGGGGCGGCGGCGUCGACGAGCACUGGUGCUGCGCCUGUGAUGGAGCUGUCGAAGGGCCUCGGAUUGGCGGCGCUAUUGGGCUUUUUGGUCGUGUAA